GCGGCACCGGACUCGCCGCGCGCGUCCGAGUCGCCGCCGCCCUCGGGGCUGCAGGGCGACCUCGAGCUCGAGCUGCUCGGGCUCGCGAACGCGCUCUACAACCUCGGCACGACGGUCAUCAAUGACCUCACGAAGGAGAAGGAUAAACCCGGCGGGGGAAAGCAGGUCGGGCUUCGGGUGAACGAGACGAUCCAGCACCUGGCGACGCUGGACGACAUGUCGCAGCACGUCCGGACGAUGGUCCCCAUGCAGGUGCUGGCCGACAUCGACGCCUCGCGCAACCCGAUGCACCUCACCCGCGAGCGGCUCGAGCGCGCCGCGACCGAGAACCAGUUCAUGAACGGCAAGAUCCAGGCGCUCGAGUCGUACCGGAGGACCCUGGACGAAGCCAUCGCCCAAAGUUUUCCCGAUCUGGCACCGUACCUCCAGCCC